GGUCACACUGUUGAUGGGGGGAUUGUUGAGCUUUCUGUCGAAUUUUUGUCAUAGAUUUUCUUGAUUUAUUUUUGGUUUUGGGCAGCUGAAAGGCAAUAGCUAAUUGAGAAUGCGUUUUGUGCGUUUUCUUACCCAAGCUCGGACCACGCUCAGCCGUUAUCUGGCAGAGGGUUCGUCGACGGUUGCCUGGCAGCAGCAGUUGGAACUACGCAAGCUGCACGUAGUAAUUGGCAACGAAUCGUGCGACCUGGACUCGGCCAUCUCAGCCCUGACGCUGGCCUUCAUUUACGCGGAGCGCCACCAGGAGCACGACUAUGUGCCCGUGCUGAACAUUCCACGCAGGGACUACCUGCUCAAGACAGAGGUGGGUCACAUGCUGACCAAGUGUGGCAUUGCCGAGGCCAUGCUGCUCUUUCGCGACGACUUGCCCAAGCAGUUCACGGGCGAUGUCAGCGUGCUGCUCGUCGAUCAUCAUGUGAGCGAGUUGGCGCCGCAGGUGCUGGAGAUACUCGACCACAGACCCAUCGAUGCUGCCAAUCCGCAGUACCUGCUGCUGCCCGAGAGCUGUGUGCGCAGCAUUGAGCCUGGCGUUGGCUCGUGCGCGACACUCGUGGGGCAGCGCUACUUCGCCGCAGAGCAGCCACGUUCGCCCGUCGUUGCGGAGCUGCUGCGCGCCACCAUAGUCCUGGAUACGGUUAACUUUUCGGCCACGGCCAAGCGUGGCUCGCCCGCGGAUCUGGGCAUGGUGGAGCAGCUGGAGCGGGAGUUGUGCGAGUCGCAGACUGAGCUGGUGGAGCGCACGGAGCUCUUCAAUGAACUGGUGGCAGCACGCGCGGACAUCAGCAAGCUGACACUCAGCGAGGUGCUGCGCAAGGACAUGAAACUCAUACAGACAGAGCGUCAGAAGGUGCCUGUGGCCGGCAUGCCCGUACUCAUCCGGGACUUCAUAGAGCUAAGUGGCGCGGAGCAGGCGGUGAGGGAGUUUGGCAUCGACAGCAAUCUGCUCGUUAUGCUCGGCAUGUACGUUUCCCCCGUGGAUGGUGCGGUGCAGCGGGACGUGGGACUCAUCUCGCUGGCUGGACAGAGUCAGCUGUUGGAGUGCGUGCGCCUGGCCUUGGUGGGCUGCCAGGAGCCGCCGCUGGAUCUCAGGGCGCACGCUGUGGGCAGUCGCUUCAUGGGCGGCUGCUACCUUCGUCAGCAUAAUCUGCGCGCCACACGCAAGCACAUUCAGCCGGUGAUCAAGCGUGCGCUAAUGGACUGGGAGGAGCUGCACGGCUUUGGCUGCAACGAGGUUUACUUCUUCAAGGAGAAACCCAAGCUGGGACUGUCCUAAGCGGGUGGGGAAGGGUGGGG